GUCAGUAAAAACUUCGCUUCACAUCACCAUUGCCAGGACUUUGUAAUAUAAGCUCCACAUAAAAGCUUAAAUGUCGAUAUGGAAUAACUUCAACUUUACGAAAAGCAAUAACUACAAGGGAUUAAUGCGUCAAAAACGCAUUUGAUGGACAAAAAAAUCAAAAACGUAUAUAUAGCUAACGCAAACACCAACUAUAAAAGAGAUAAAAAUAAAAUUAAAAUUAAAAAUAAAGUAAAGAAAUAAUAAAUCAUAAAAUAAAGUAAAAAAAUAAAAUAUUCAUAUACAUAAACACAAACAGUUAUUUAUUAAUAAAAACCUAAGGAAGUACGAGUAUAUGUACAUAGAAACACGAAGAAAAAGUCGUUACAACUAAAAGUAGUAAAAAAAUAACUACACCUAUACCAAAUACCAAAAACUAGGCAACCAUGUCGCUAACUGUAAAAAUCGUGCAAUUUCAAUUGCCAAAGGCGAAAUCAAAUUUAAUCGCACGUGUCGAAUUUCGUGGUGUUGCCCACAUAACAUCAGAGCUCAACGCAGAUUCAAGCAUCAUUGAUGUUAAUCAAUCUUUCAUUUGGCCGCUAGCACGUCCGGCCACAGAUGAAGAGCCACUCUUCGUCGAAUUGCGCACUCAAACCACAAAGACGUUGCUACGCACUGGUCUCAGUCAUGCAUCCGGCGGUUUGAUGGGUGGCGGUGGGAGCAGUGGCAGUGGUGGCAGCAUGAGCGGCAUCAUCAGCAGCAGUAGCAAAUGUGUCGGUCAAUAUAUUGUCUUGAUGCAAGGUGUUGCCCACAUAACAUCAGAGCUCAACGCAGAUUCAAGCAUCAUUGAUGUUAAUCAAUCUUUCAUUUGGCCGCUAGCACGUCCGGCCACAGAUGAAGAGCCACUCUUCGUCGAAUUGCGCACUCAAACCACAAAGACGUUGCUACGCACUGGUCUCAGUCAUGCAUCCGGCGGUUUGAUGGGUGGCGGUGGGAGCAGUGGCAGUGGUGGCAGCAUGAGCGGCAUCAUCAGCAGCAGUAGCAAAUGUGUCGGUCAAUAUAUUGUCUUGAUGCAAGGUUUAAUCAACAGCGGUUACAUACACAUUGAAGACCAAAUGGUGGAUAUAUCAUCGAAUAAGCCUAUUCAGGUACUUGUUGUAUUCGAGGCGAGAUACACAUCUCCCGACGAUGCUGCUGGUAACUUUGAGCCGACCAAUCUGGUGCGACCCAUACAGGAGCAGCAGAAUAUUAGCUGUAGCAGCCAAAGUUUGGACGAUGAUCAACAGAUGCUUCUCGACAUCGAACAGAACAUAGCGAAUCUGGAGCGUAGUUUGAAUCGAGAAUCGGGUGGCCAUGCUACCUCCGGCGCUGGUACUGCCUCCAGCGGCAGUGAAUCACAUGGCACACAAAAGAAACGUCAUUUGCUGCGACGCGUCAUGACCGCUGCGCAACAUAGUACCACCAGCGUCUCGUCAAGUCGCCAAAGAAUCGAAUUAAAAUUUGAUAAAUUCGGCAAAUCACCGACAACUGGUCGCAGCGGUAGUGUUACCACUCUUCUCACCACCACACCCAACGCAAAUGCCACCACUACCAUCACGACAGCAACAGCGACGGGCAAUAGCAGCGCCAGCGCACUUGCUGCUGCUAUGCGCGGCAGCGAAAGUUCACAACCUAAAGAGAAGAAACUUUCCAUGCGUGCGGUGCGCAAUAUUAUGCGUUUGGGACGUAGCAGGCAGACAUCGCAGUCGCGCGAAAGUAGCACCGAGGAUGAAGGCAGAUCGCCGCUUAUUUUCGAACCUGAUGCCGCUCCCACCACAGCCACUUCAGCGACUGAGGCCGAAACAGACGAUGCAUUGCCCACACGCCGGCUGAUAGUAGAGGGCAGAGACGCUGCGGGUAUUCCUACAAAGACAGCAGGUGCUGACAGUGGCCAAUCGAAUCAGUCAAGCGAUGUUGAGGAGCUACAAUACUAUGACAAAGGCAAAAUGAUCAAAUCAAUGACACGCGCUACUGACCAUCUCAAGUCGCAGGAUUUCCAAGUUUGCAUCACCAUAAUUGAGGCACGUCAGUUGCCUGGCCUCAAUAUGGAUCCAGUUGUAUGCAUUCAAGUGGGUGAUCAAAAGAAAUACACGAGCGUGAAGGAGAGCACCAAUUGUCCGUAUUACAAUGAGUAUUUUGUGUUUGACUUUCACAUGCCGCCCGUGAUGCUUUUUGAUAAAAUUAUAACGUUGUCGGUUAUACAAGCAAGGAAAUUUUUACGAUCUGGCACACUCGUGGGUUCCUUUAAGAUUGACUUAUCGACUGUUUAUGAUGCGCCGGAUCACCAAUUCUACCACAAAUGGGCGUUGCUCUCCGAUCCAGAUGAUUUUUAUAGUGGCCCAAAAGGUUAUUUGAAAUGUGAUAUUGGCAUAAUUGGCAAAGGUGAUACCGUGAAGGUGCCUCAAAAAUCUGAAAAAGAUCCUGAUGACAUCGAAGCCAAUCUACUGCUACCCGUUGGCGUACCCAUCGAGCGACAACGUGCCAAGUUUAUUGUGAAAAUAUACCGCGCUGAUGGCUUACCUCGCAUGAAUUCUUCGCUUAUGGCGAAUGUGAAGAAAGCCUUUACUGGCGAAUCGAAGGAUUUGGUCAGCCCCUAUGUGCAAGUCUCCUUCGCAGGGCUGAUGGGGAAAACCACAGUCAAGAAGAAUGCGUAUGCACCAGUUUGGAAUGAACAAUUGGUGUUUACCGAAAUGUUUCCACCACUAUGCCAACGUAUUAAGAUUCAACUGCGUGAUGCUGAUCCCAUGAAACCUGCCAUUAUCGGCACCCAUUACAUUGAUCUCAAACAAGUAUCCAAUGAUGGCGAUAGAGGCUUUCUUCCCACUUUCGGCCCCUCGUUCAUACAUCUCUAUGGAUCUACACGCGACUAUACGCUACUCGAUCAACACUCCAACCUAAACACUGGCUUGGGUGAAGGAGUCAGUUAUCGCGCACGUCUACUAAUCGCUAUACGCACUGAAAUUACCGACAACAUCGAAAUGACCACAGAGAAAAAUGUUGAACUCGAGCCGGCAUACCCAAUUUCGGAGUCCUCCUACUCACGCAAUGAGGAAUUUUUCCUUUUCGGUUCUAUUAUAGAAGCAUCAAUGUUGGAUAAGAAAGUCAGCGAUAAGACGGUGUUCUUUGAGUUGAGUAUGGGUAAUGCGGGUAACUCGCUAGACGGUCAUAAUGAAAGCUUCUCGACGGCCACAGAAGAUGGUGAGGACGGCUGUGUGCUAGAAACGGUCGACACAACUUCAUUCAGCAGCGUUACAAACGCUUGUAAGCCCAUCAGCCACGAUAAGUCACAUUAUUAUCUGCCUUACUGGGACUACAAACCAUGCAUGGAUGUAAGAUGCACACUGCCAGAUCUGAGGCGACGAAUGUACAAUAGUAAUAUGCUAUCGAAAAUGUCAGAGAAACUGGAAGAGGGUUUGACGAAGACAAGUAAACUUAUUGAGGAGGAAGACGUUAAGGCAGAAGUGCGUCUACGUGCCACUCUUGAGGACCUAGCAUCGGCAUGUACGCGCUAUCUUAGUAUUACGAAAGCGAAUGCUGUUGGACCGGGCAGCGGCAAAACAAAGUUGGACAAAGAGCGCAUUAAACUAUGCCAAAGCGAAAUAGAAAAUCUUGGCAACUUGGCACGAAAUCUGCGUGCUUUGGUAACGCGCAGUUCGCUCAAGGAACGCUUUAAAACCGCACAAACGUUCCAACAAAAACUGAAAUUUCUUAUCGACGAUCCUCAACACUCGUUACCGGAUAUUUUUAUAUGGCUUAUUGCCAAUGGUAAGCGUUAUGCCUAUCAUCGUAUGUCCGCCCGCGAAUUGAUUUACUCUAAUAUGGAAGAAGAGUGCGGCGUGCACUGCGCUAAGAUACAAACCAUCUUCUUAAGAUUGCCUGGCAAUCAAUCGAUAGGUCCAGCCAGCUGGUUUAUACAAGCUAAACUAUCCAUUUAUUUGUGGUUGGGCGUUGUCGGUCAUAAGGGGCAUUUCUUCGAGGGUCUGCCCAUCGGUUAUGAUCUAUCACAUGAGCUACGCAAUGCGGAGAGACCAGGCGCAAUGGCGCCUAAUAACAUACAUUAUCUUGAGAAAUCUACCUUUCAACUGCGCGCACACAUUUAUCAAGCGCGCUCGCUUAUCGGCUCCGACGCUUCCGGUCUCAGUGACCCAUAUGCCACUGUCUAUAUUACUGAAUUUGCUAAGACCACACAAGUUAUCGAAGAAACAUUGAGCCCCACUUGGGAUGAACUACUGGUCUUUGAUGAAAUUCUAGUCUUCGGCACAAAAGAUGAAAUCAAGAAAGAUCCACCCACCAUUAUCAUAGAGAUUUAUGAUCAAGAUAAAGUCGGAAAAUCUGAGUUCAUUGGACGCGCUAUUGCGAAACCACGUGUAAAGCUACGCGAUAAUGCUUACACUACACCCACGUUAGAAUGGUUUGACAUUGUGCGUGGACAUGAGAAUGCCGGUGAAUUGUUGGCCGCUUUCGAGAUGCUUGAAAUUGGGUCCACCGAUAUGCCACGUCUCACCGAGCCCAAGCAACUGCCAAGCAGUCAACAGGAGAAAAUUAAAGAGAAAAAUUCAUCACCACCACCGGGUACCAUCUUUCCAGUGCCAAAAGAGGUGCGUCCCCACUUGGCGAAAUUCAAAUUAGAAGUGCUCUUCUGGGGCUUGCGCGACCUGAAACGUGUACAUUUAAUGUCGGUCGAUAAACCACGCAUCGAUGUUGAAUGCUCGGGAAAAAUACUCAGCUCAAACAUUAUACAGAAUGCAAAGAAAAAUCCGAAUUUCCCUAGCAUGCUGAAAUCAAUAGAACUGGAGUUGCCACUCGAGGAAACCUAUGCGCCUCCAAUAACUAUACGUUGUGUAGACUGUCGCUCGUUCGGUAGAUAUACUUUGGUGGGCACCCAUCAGAUCACUUCUAUACAUCGUUAUAUUUACAAGCCACCACCGAAAGAGGACAUCACCAAAUACAAAACAAUGGGUGGUCAGAUUAUACUGUCCGCACCGUUGAGUGAGGACAGCUUGAGUAAUCUCGUCGAUGGCUUCAAUAUGCAAGCGAUGAUAGCGGCCAAUGCGCAACAAGCUAAUAUGAAGGACUUUUAUGGUAAUCGCCGUUCAUCCUGUGAUCAAUUUACACUCUACGGGGCGGCAUGUGUUACAAAGCUCGCCAAAAAGCAGGCAUCGAAGAAGAAGGGUUCCCAAAAUAGUAACCUUAAUGAAAUAUUAAAGGAUCAGGAUCAAGACGACGAGCUUAGUCGCGAUUGGUGGACCAAAUAUUUUUGGUCCUAUGAAAGACUUAUCGAUUUAACAAAAACGGAAAAGUCACACACCUCCGAAAAAUUUCUAACUCCACCGCCCAAUACCACACCCACCAAUGUGCAAAAAUUUGGUAUGAAGGGAGCUAAACUAGUGCAGAAAUUGAGCCCAAAAGGUAUGGCUGGCGUGACGCGCGGCAAGCAUGAUCCUAGCAGCGAAAAGGUGUCACCGAACCAGCAAACUAAUAGGACGAGCAUGAACUCUACGGCUGUGUGUCAGAUAUAUCCCAACGAGCUGGAGGCCCAACCGGAAUAUAAUAAUUUUCGCGAGUGGCUGCACUCAUUUCCACUCUAUCGCGGCAAAAAGACUGGCGACUCCACCGAAGAUGAUAACCGUACCGUUGGCUUCUUUAAAGGUGCCAUAAAAGUAUACAGACUUCCACCGCCAAAAGGCACUGAGUUGCCUGUACCCAACCUACCCGCCAAUGAUCCCCUUCACGUACUUGUACGAGUUUACAUAAUCAAAGGCACAGACUUGCAUCCCAUGGACUUGAAUGGCAAAGCGGAUCCAUACGUUGUGCUGCAAUUGGGUAAUAAGAGAAUAUCCGAUAAGGAGAACUACGUCAGCAAACAACUGAAUCCGAUAUUCGGUAAGUGUUUCGAGGUGGAAGUAACAUUCCCACAGGAUUCAAUGCUGACCGUGCAAAUAUUAGACUGGGAUUUGGUGGGAUCUGAUGAUCUAAUCGGUGAGACGAGAAUCGAUUUAGAAAAUCGCUAUUAUAGCAAACAUCGCGCAACGUGUGGAAUUGCUCUGAGAUAUGAAGUCUGUGGCUAUAACCAGUGGCGUGACCCUAUGAAGCCCACGCAAAUACUCUCGAAGUUGUGUAAAGAAAACAAAUUGGAUACGCCACAUUAUUUUCAAGACCGUGUGGCAAUCGGCAAAUAUUGCAUGACCUUCUCCGAUGAGGAAGUAAUAGCAUGGAAUGGCCCAACCACAUGCAGAAAUCGCGAUGAACAUCUGGCUCUGGCGGUGCUGCAUAGGUGGAGUGAAAUACCCAAAGUGGGCUGCAAGAUUGUUCCCGAAUAUAUCGAAUCACGUCCAUUAUAUAAUGCCGAAAAGCCUGGCAUUGAGCAGGGUAAAAUUGAAAUGUGGGUCGAUAUGUUUCCUAUGGAUAUGCCGCUACCAGGUCCGCCAGUGGACAUAUCCCCACGUAAGCCCAAAGAAUAUGAGUUGCGCGUGGUGAUAUGGAACACAGACGAUGUGGUGUUGGAAGAUGAUGCCUUCUUCACGGGCGAAAAGAUGUCUGACAUUUAUGUAAAAGGGUGGCUCACAGGUCCGCAGGAUAUGCAAUCUACAGAUAUACACUAUCGUUCGCUCACCGGCGAAGGCAACUUCAAUUGGCGUUUCAUCUUCCCCUUCGAAUACUUGGCGGCUGAGGAACGCAUUGUGCUCUCGAGACGCGAAUCACUAUUCAGUUGGGAUGAGACGGAGGUAAAAAUACCAGCGCGUUUGGAAUUACAAGUAUGGGAUGCGGAUCACUUCUCUGCUGAUGACUUUCUUGGUGCUAUUUCUUUCAAUCUGAAUCGUUUUCCGCGUGGCGCCAAAACUUCUAAACUCUGCACGCUGGAUAUGCUCAAGUCAGAUACGGCAUUGCCCACGGUGAAUAUUUUCAAGCAGAAACGGGUGCGUGGUUGGUGGCCAUUCUAUGUGAAGAAACAGAAUGAGGAAAUGGAGCUAACCGGUAAGGUGGAAGCAGAGUUCCAUUUGCUUACAAAGGAAGAGGCCGAACAGAACCCCGCGGGUUAUGGGCGCAGUGAACCGGAUCCGCUGGAGAAACCAAACCGCCCCGACGCCUCGUUCAUGUGGUUCCUAAAUCCGCUCAAAUCUAUACGCUACAUCGUCUGGCACAAUUACAAAUGGGCUAUUCUCAAGGCACUGCUGUUGUGCGGUAUUUGCUUAUUCUUAAUACUCUUCGUUUAUUCAGUGCCCGGAUACUCAGUCAAACGUUUGUUGGGCGCCUAAGAAAGAAAAUAUAUCCAAAGGAGUGCAGAUUUCGGAUCAAGCACUGACGACAGUAAGACUAGCUUUUGGCUUACGAGUUUUAGCAGUCACACAGUUUCCUAUCAAUUACCAUAAGUAGGAAGGUUUGAAAUCAUUGAUACACAUACCUAUAUUCGGCUAUCAGCUUUUCUAAACAAAUAUUUUUCUUUCAAACAUUAGGAUACAGCUUUUCUGCGUUAUAAUAGUAUAAGGUUGAUUUGAUUAGAUUAAAUUCCCAAGGAAACCCUGAUAGUGUGACCCCCAAAGACUCACUUGACAGUUAAGUAAAGCAGUCAUCUAUUCUGGUAUUUACUAUUAAAGACUCAGUGCUGGGGCGAAAAAAAUAAGUACAGGAGGUUAGAAACAAAGCAUAUAUUCGAACAGGGACUAUGAUGAAUUAAGGAUACCAAAUCGACGUGAGCUAAUAAUACAAUUGCAUGACGUUUCAAAUAUCCACGCUUGAUAACUCUUGUGACGUGCGUGAAAGCUAUGUAGUCUCGCAAUAAUUGAGCAACUGAUGAGUGCUGAGUUGAUUUCACUUCAUUAUACUCCAAGAAGCUACUAGGAAAGGAGCUCCAAGUUAUGUUGAGCAACCCCACAUGGAUUCCCAAUGAAAAGUGUGCGAUUAAGAACACCAGAACUCACCAUUAGAUGUGGCUUUGUUAGCCUCAUGUCUCUUUGCACGGAGAGAACAUAUCAAAAAUGCUCUAGCAAUCUCGUAUGCUCUGUAUUCUUCUGCGAUAUUCAUGUGGGUUGGAAUCCACCUUAACUAGAUAGCGAAGACUACACAUGACCUAAAGGGAAAAUAGAGUCUUAAUUGCCGCUUGGCUAUCAAAAUAAAUGUGUACCCCCUUUUAUAAGAUAUUACACUAGUCAGCAAGCAAUCGACUACAUCUUUAAUAGCAGUUACCUCGGCAGUUAUCUGUAGUGAUUCCAAUUUAGGGAAUGAUUGAAGCCCAAAACGUUCCAUCCAAUUUUGCAUCAUUUAUGAACGGACUUACCGAAUUUGCUUCCAAAUGUUACAUAUCGUCCAAUGAUCCAUUGAGGAAACAUAGGUAGAGGUCCAUUAGGUCCGACGUCUAUGUAAACUGGUCAAUUAAAGCAGAAAUGAACUCGAAGGAAGCUGCGGAAUAUAUGAAGUGUUUAACGUUGGAGUUAAAAACUCGUUAAAAUAAAAUUUAAAUUUCCACAGUUUUACAUAAAAUUAUAGAGAAUUCGUUGUUUUUUUAGUUCGCAUAUUUCAUCCGCAUUCAAUAAUCUGUUUUCACGCUUCAGCCAAACUGCUUGAUUUUUGAAUUUCGUUGAAAAAUUUUAUAAUUUGGUGAAAGAAGAGGUGACGGUGUCUCAAACGGAGUGAAAAUUCGAAUUAAAGUAACUACGACAGCUUUGCCCUGAAGGUAUUGGGAUUUGCAAAAAAGAAUUCAUUUCGGAAAUUUUUGCCCCUAAAAUACAUAUUGAUUAUGUUAUGAUUUUCUUAAUUUUAUUUUAUUUUUAAUUUUAUUUAUUUUAUUUUUAAGAACUCUUUUUAGUUUAAUUUCAGCCUCUUGUUUUUGUUCAACAAAAAAAAUUAUUAAUUUAUUAAAUUUUUAAGAAUAUUUUUUAAUUUAAUUUAAAACGAUUUUUUUGGUGAAGAAAAAUUUUCGAAAUUUUUUUUUUGA